AUGAGCCACCUGUACACCUCAGGCGUCGCUCAGGUGAGGGAGCGCCUACCGAAACCCAUCCGACCUCCUUUUCAGUCAAACCGGAGAUUCUGCAUUCAAGCCGCUAUCUCCCCUCCGUUUUUCCAUUUAUUAAAGCUCAUCGGGACCAAAAUGGCGAAUCGCCUCAACACGCCCUUCCGGUGGCCGGCCCAUGCGCCGCGUCUGUUGUCCAUAGAGUACCCACAAAGCCUUACCACACACAAUCUCCUUCCUUCUUCUCUCCAUCCCAACAAGAUUUCUUCUUCUAUCACUCGACACCGUAGCCAUGUGGCCGUGAAGUCCCAAACGACGAUGCAAGAGAAACCGAUAUCGGAUAACAGAAUGCUGGUGUUCGUUCCUCCGCAUCCGCUGAUCAAGCACUGGGUUUCAGUUCUUAGAAAUGAGCAGACUCCUUGCCCCAUCUUUAGUGAGUGGCAGUUCAAGCUUCAGCUAGACUGUAAUUAUACAAGCAAUAAUCAAAAGCGUCCAUGUAAAGCUGACUUAGAAAAUGCCAUGGCCGAGUUGGGGAGACUGCUGAUUUAUGAAGCAUCAAGGGAUUGGCUGCCUACUAUAAGAGGGGAGAUUCAGUCGCCAAUGGGUGUUGCCUCUGUAGAAUUUAUUGAUCCAAGGGAACCUGUGGCGGUUGUUCCGAUCCUGAGAGCUGGUCUUGCUCUAGCAGAACAUGCAUCGUCAAUUUUGCCAGCAACAAAAACAUACCAUCUAGGGAUUAGCAGGGAUGAGGAGACACUUCAGCCAACAGUGUAUUUGAACAAGCUACCGGAAAAAUUUCCUGAAGGAUCUCGUGUGUUUGUAGUAGAUCCCAUGCUUGCAACAGGUGGUACAAUAGUUGCGGCUAUUGACUUGAUAAAGGAGCAUGGAGUGGACAAUAAGCAAAUUAAAGUGGUGUCUGCUGUGGCUGCUCCUCCGGCCCUUCAGAAGCUGAGUGAGAAGUUUCCAGGGCUUCAUGUAUAUUCUGGAAUUAUUGACCCAACUGUUAACGAUAAAGGGUUUAUAAUCCCUGGACUGGGAGAUGCAGGAGACCGUAGCUUUGGCACAUAA